AUGCGAUUCGGUCGGUAUUUCCACCGUCACACGGUCCCAGAAUGGACAUCACGUUAUGUCCCCUAUGACCCGGUGAAGAGCGCAUUAAACCUGGCCGUCGCACAGUCAAUUAAUGCAAAGGUUGAACCAGACUUUUCAGAAGUGUACGGGCUCCUCGACGAUAGCAUUCAGUCCUUCGGCAAAUUCCACCAUGCAAGCUGCAACUUUCUGAUGGCAAGACGAGCAAAGCUUGAGAAGAAAUAUGGACAGUUACUCCAAGCAAUUAUCUUCUCGGGGCACGAGGAGGAUGGUUUUCAUGAGGCAAAAGUCUUUCUGGGAGUCGCCAAAAAGCUACAUGAUGAUUUUGAGAAGCUUCAGGAUUACUCUCAGUUGAAUGAAGAAGCUAUCCAGAGGCUUUUCACAAAGAUCGAGAAGCUGGGUGGUUCCGAGAGCCUACUUCAUCAGGAACAAAAGUCUAAGUGGGCAAGAUCGCAAAUUGACCUUCGUACACAAUGUGCCAACUUCAAGAGCCAGAUCGAGGGCCUAACGACUAGCGUCAUUGAAAGAUCAUCUGAUGGGUAUCGUCCUGCUACGAUAAAGGGGCUGCUAGGUAAAGUCAGAUCUGAUGACCUGUCAACCCUCGUCGAUCAAUAUGCGGCCCUAUAUCGUGCAAUCAGAACCGACGAGCCUUCCAGUUUGGCCGAUUCGCUCAAUGCUUUUUUACGCGAUCCUUCUCCAGAGCAAAUGUCCAGUACCUUCCUUUACGAACUGGCCGGGCUUGCAGCGACCUGUCACUCUCAGCUUUGCUUUCGAUAUUUGUUAUCAGAAACGUUCAGCAUGAAUGGUGUUGUGCUCGAUCGAGAUUUGCUGAACCAUGUCAUUAUCAUGGAAGGGCAACUCGGCCCUUCACAAGCAUGCAAUGACUUGAAAGAAAGCAUCCCAUCCGGCGAGAAGAGACACGGUAGCUUGUUCGGUAUUGCGAUUGAAUGUCUUGCCUCUCGUAAGAAAGACACUCUGUCUAAGCAGGACAAUCUUGGCCGUCUUAGCCUUCAUUAUGCGGCACUACACGGCAUGGAUUUCACAUGUCAAUCAAUCAUGAAUUACUCUCAUGCCUGGGGCUUGGGUUUCCCGUCGAAACUAAUUCUAAUGCCGGACUGUCAAGGAUUUACACCAUUUCACUACGCGGUCAUCGAAAACCACGUGGGUGUUGUGGAAGUAUUUCUGGAAACUUUGAUUUCAGAAAUUAAAUCCGGACAAGUGGCUCAAACCGAAAGACUCUUGAAAAAUCUGAAUGAUAUGUUGAUCCUCGCUAUCAGAUAUAAGCAUGAUGGGAUUGUGUUCCUCCUCACAAAAAGCUCCUUUGACCUUCACGGAUGCUCGUUGUAUGGGGAGUCUGCGCUAUAUGUUGCCGCUCAGAUCGGGCGUAGCGACUACGUAGACGUGCUGCUGGAACGUUCCAAUACCGUCUACAUAGACACUGCCGAAACAGUGCAUGGCUGGAAUCCAUUGUUUAUCGCUUGUGUGGAAGGCCACCAUACCGUUGUUGAGCUUCUUCUGCAAGCAGGAGCCAGUCAGGACUUAGACGAUCAUCACGGCUGGACAGCUAAGGAACAUGCUGCUUUGAGGGGCCAUCUCCAUGUCGCUCAAAUGCUGAAAUCAUGGGAUACUCACCGCCUUACUGGUGGACCUGCCGACAUGCCGCUGAAGUCCAAGUCUGCAGCAGGGUGUCGUCUUUCCAUAAGCGAAAAUCAUGUCAUUGUCAACGUUGGUUCUUUGCGUAACGGCAAGCAUGUCGAAGCUGUGAACUUCAGAGGUUCCUUGCCGGACAAUUCGCCUUACCCAAAACGUCUCCCUCCGAUGGAAAUGUCAAUCUCAGUGGAGGGUACCUCACAGCGUGUGAAACUGCCCGUGCUGAGCGAUAUGGUCAAUGAACCAUUUGUUUUUCCUGUCACUAACCCUAGUGAAGCCCGUCUGGCUUUUAAGUUUUACGCUAUAGACUCGCCAUGUGAAACGUGCGAGCUAAUAGGUAGUGCUGCUUAUUUACUAGAGAGUGACAAAGACUGCUUUGGAGCAAAUCGUGAGAGCCUCGUCAGAGAGCGUACUCUCCCAAUUCUGGAAAAGAGUACGAUGGAUAUUAUGGGAACCGUCACCUUCACCUUCGUCAUUGCUAAACCAUUGAUGAGCUCAAAUACCCCCCCAUUGGCGAAACAGAAACUCUCGGCGGAGGGCCUACAACUUGUCGGUCACAGAGACGUCCAACUCACUAGAGACCUUUUGCCCAUCAUUUAUCAUGACUUCUCGUUAAGCGAGUCCGGAACCGACAUCCCUAUUCAUGAUCUCAGUCUCGAACAGUUUAUGCAUGCGAGUGAACUUCAAUCACCAAGAGGGGAACCAGUGUCGAUGCUCGGAAAGCCAAAUUCACAGGGCCUGUCACAUGGGCCGGGCAGGAACAGAGUCCGUUCACGUUCAUUAACAGAGGACCAAGAUCAAGAGACUGUGAGAAUUCGUAACAGAAUGAAGCACACCGUGGACUUCAUGAACAAAGGGUUCAAGCCGAAUACAAGGGGGCAUUCCGUGCAGGAUUCUUUCACCACGCUGGAAGAGCUGCUUACGAAGCUGCCUGACUCAAUCAGCUUCAAUAUUGAGAUCAAGUAUCCCCGCCUUCAUGAAGCUGUUGAGGCCGGCGUAGGACCAAUCGCUAUCGAGAUCAACACCUUCAUCGAUCGAAUACUUGCCCAGAUUUUCCAUGUUAGCAGUGGAAGGGCCAUUAUACUCUCCUCAUUUUCACCUGAGAUUUGUAUUCUUCUGGCGAGCAAGCAAGAUACAUAUCCUGUCUUGUUUAUCACCAACGCUGGCAAACUACCAAUGUCGGACAUGGAGAUGAGGGCUAGUAGUCUGCAAGCCGCGGUCCGUUUCUCGAAGCGAUGGAACUUGGCCGGAAUCGUCUUCGCUUCCGAGACAUUGAUCCUGUGCCCGAGACUGGUGGGCUAUGUCAAAAGAUCAGGUCUGAUCUGCGGGUCUUAUGGCUCUUUAAACAACAUCCCUGAGAACGCCAAAGUACAACAAACAGCUGGUCUUCAGAUUCUCAUGGUCGAUAAUGUUAGACUAAUCGCAUCGACCUUGGGUAGGUCUUCCACAGACCCGACAAUGACUGAACGCGAAACCUAG